AAUCGCAUCGCAUAAUUUUUGAGUCGGUAUUACCUACUUUGACUUUGAACAUUUUUUGGAUAUAAUUUUCGAAUUUAGUUAAAUUAAGUUCUACGAAUUAUAGUGUAAAGAUGAGAUUUUCACUUAAUACAAGAGAUGAUGAAGAAAAACCAAAGUAUUCCCUCAACUAUGAAGACUUCCCGCCAUUUCCUCCACCCAGUGUUGCUGGAGCUUUGCCACCCAGUAGAAGGGGAUCUCGUAUCCCGAUGGACGACAUCCCUGGCUUGCCCAAAAUCAGAUUAGACGAUCCCAACGCGCCCAAGGACAGAUUCAAUUUUGUUUUCGUUACUUUCACCAUAUUUCGUACCAUCAGCGUGCUGCCUAUGGUGUUUUUCGUCACAGCCAAUGAGUACUGGAUGUACAAAUUCAGGACCGUUGAUUCUAACGAUACCAACGCAGAAAGCCGGAACUACAUCCAAGCCAACUAUGCCUCAUUCAACUUGAUAGCUUCAACAUCUACCGGCAUCAUCUGUAAUUUCUUCUCGACUUUUUUGGCUCACAAAAUCAGACUCACCACUAGGGCAUACAUAUCUCUCAUAUUUUUCUCCCUUAAUUUUGUUGUCCAAACUGUUCUAGCUAAGGUGGACACAGAUUCCUGGCAAAUGGGAUUCUUUGCAGUGACCAUGGUGAUUCAAGUUCUUAUAGCAGUACUGAUGGCCAUUGCUGGAACCGGAUCGGUGACAAUCAUGUCCAAGUUCCCAGAUCGCUACAUGAAGAUGUUCCUUUUCGGACAAGGCAUUGGUGGACUGGUCUCGGCACUUUUAAGGCUCGUAACUAUCACAAUUAUGACGGAAACCAUACCAGAAGCUCUGCUAUACUUUUCUUCAGGCUGUGUGUUGAUGGGAACCGCCUUGAUAAUGUUCUUUUUCGCUACCAAAACGCCGUUUUUCAAAUUUUACAUGACCUCUUACAAGGAAGAUGCCAGAAAGAAAGUCCACUCUGUCAGUCAAAUCAUGGACACCAUCAAACUGAUUUGGCCUAUUAUUCUGUUAAAUUUCUUCAACACCGUCAUACCAGUUACUUCUAUCACCAAUUUGGUAGUGUCAGAAUACCACAACACGGGCAGUUUAUGGGGAGAUAAAUAUUUCAUAACUGUGAUGACAUUCCUUUUGGCCGCUUGCUCUGAUAUUGUCGGUAGAGGACUAUCAACAAGAUAUGACGAGCUUUUCUCAAUACCACUCUUGUUUGUAAUAGUUAUAUCGAAAAGUAUUCUCUAUGGGACCAUAAUGAUGUUUACCAGAGCCGAACCAAGGCAUUUACCCAUAAUUUUCGGACAUGAUUGGCAGUAUGGUAUCAUUUUAAGCACUUACCAUUUGCUUGCCGGAUAUUUAAUGAACGUACUCAUAUUACAAACGUUCAAAUUUGUUCCAAAAGAGAAAUAUGAAAUAGCUUUGAUGGUCAGUUUCAUGUUCAUGGGUGUGUUUAUGGGAAUCACUUCGCUGCUGGGUUUGGUCAUGGUAGGCUUGCUAUAAACAAGAAACCUUUCGGCAGCCAACCGAAAUAUAGAGCAAGGACCACAUUAUUAGCUCUCUGUUGAUAUAAAAUUGCUCAAAAUUCUCUAAAUAUGGAGAAAUACAAUUAAGAAUAUUUAGAUCUUAUAGAUUGUACGUUUAAAAAAACACUUAGGCUAGGUAUUUUAUUGUAUAUUAUUUAUUUUUUUUAUAUAAAU